AUGGAGCUGGUGACGGGGGCGAUGGGGAGCCUGCUCCCCAAGCUGGGCGAGCUGCUCAAGGAGGAGUACGGCCUGCAAAAGGGCGUGAAGAAGAAGAUCGAGUCUCUCUCACGGGAGCUCACGAUGGUGCACGCCGUCCUCCGCAAGAUCGGCGAUGUUCCACCGGACCAGCUCGACGAGCUGGUCAGGCUCUGGGCGAGUGAAGUCAGGGAGGCAUCCUACGAUAUGGAAGACAUCGUCGACACAUUUCUGGUGCGCGUUGAAGACCCUAAUGAGGCUACUGAGCCACACGUGCUCCGGCGCCUCCGGAAAAAGGUGGGCAGCCUGUUCAAGAAGAGCAAGGCUCGCCGCAACAUCUCUAGCCAGAUCCAAGAAAUCUACGAGAAGCUUGCGGAGUUGGCAGCAAGGCGUGACCGGUACAAAACACCUGACAGCGUUGUCACCAAGCCAGCAACGACCAUCGACCCUCGCAUCUUGAAUCUGUACAAGAGUGCAACAGAGCUUGUUGGCAUUAAGGGACCAAGGGACGAGCUCAUAAAUAUGCUGUCCCUAGGGGAUGGCGACGAGGAUCUGCCUAGUACUACAAAGAUGAAGAUCCUCUCUGUCGUUGGAUCUGGAGGGCUAGGCAAGACCACUCUUGCCAAAGCUGUCUAUGACCACCUCAAACCGCGCUUCGAGUGCCGGGCUUUUGUUCCAGUGGGUCAGAAUCCUGACAUCAAGAAAGUCUUUGGAGACAUUCUCAUAGCCCUUGAUGAGCAAACUUACACUCAUCCCAAAUUAAUGGGUUUGGAUGAAAAUCAGCUCAUGGGCAAACUCAACGAAUUCGUCAAGGAAAAGAGGUGUUUGAUUGUUAUUGAUGAUAUAUGGGACAAGAAGACCUGGAAAUUAGUCAGAUGUGCUCUGCAAGAAAGUAAUUGUGGAAGUAGACUUGUGAUCACUACACGCAUUUCUGAAGUUGCCGCGUAUGCUGAUGAACAUUACAAAAUACAGCCACUUUCCCAAGAUAACUCCGAAAAAUUAUUGUAUGCAAGCAUAGUUGACGGUGAAGGGAAGUAUUUCGAUAGUCUUUCGGCUGAGACAUGUGAAAGAAUUUUGAAGAAAUGUGGCGGCGUGCCACUUGCUAUCAUUACAAUAGCCAGUUUGUUGGCUAGUAAACCAGGAGAGGACUGGUCUGAGGUCUACAACUCAAUUGGAUUUGGGCAUGAAGGCAAUGAUGACGUAGAUAAUACCAGAAGGAUAUUGUCUUUUAGCUACUAUGAUCUGCCUUCACAUCUGAAGGCUUGCUUAUUGUAUCUAAGCGUAUUUCCGGAAGAUAGUAUCAUACAGAAAAAUAGUUUGAUAUGGAUGUGGAUAGCUGAAGGUUUCAUCUCUGAGGAACAAGGAGCAGAUGCAGGGGUAAGAUCAUUAUUUGAGCUCGGGGAGAGGUACUUUAAUGAAUUGAUAAAUAGAAACAUGAUCCAGGCACAGGAGAGAAGACAUAAAGGGUACGUUGAUGCCUGCUCGGUUCAUGAUAUGGUUCUUGAUCUGAUACAUCAAUUGUCAAGUGAAGUAAAUUUUGUCACUGUAUUGAAUGGUUGUGAGCGACAGAAACUUCAGCGGAGCAUUUCUCGCAGGUUAGCCCUACAGUGUGUUGAAGAGCACAGCGUUAGUCAGCUGGCUAAUGUAGCUGUGGAGAAAGUGAGAUCCAUCUUUGCCAGUCGGUGCAAUUUUGGUGCAUUAUGUCCACGCUUCCCAUUUUUACGUGUAGUAGAGAUGGUAAGAUGUUCUGUUCCCAGAGACCGCGGCAAAGAUGUGUUGGAUCAUCUUGAGAGUUUACUUCACUUGAGGUACCUCAGAGUAGGGAGUAUCCUUAUCACUGAGCUUCCUAGGGAGGUAAGAUAUCUGAGGUUUCUGCAAACACUGGAUUUACGGAACAGCUGGAUAGAGGAGCUGCCCGAGGAGGUGGGACUUCUGACGCAACUUGUUUGCCUACGAUGUAGUCACGAGACAAGAGUGCCGGCUGGUUUGAUCGGUAAGCUGACAUCAUUGCAAGAGUUGUGUGUAUGGUGUGAAAAAGAUGAUACAUUGCAGUUUGUGAAUCAGCUAGGUCUGCUGAGGGAACUGAGGGUGCUCAAGGCUAAUAUUCGUGCUAGGAUCAGUAAGAGCAUCGAGAGUGCUUUGCUGGACUCCCUGGGCCAUCUGCACAACAUCCAGGAACUUAAGAUUACAGCUCGCUGGAACUGGGACUGGCAGAGCGUCAAUGCAGGACGGGUCUCCUGUCGGCAUCUCCGUUUGCUGCGUUUGGACUGCUUCGUGUUCUCUGCACUGCCGGCGUGGAUUAACUCGUCGCUUGCUCCAAACCUAUGCUAUCUGGAUCUGCUAGUGGUAGCUGUGGAAGACCAGGACAUGGAAACCCUUGCCAAGUUGCCAGAGCUCAGUUGCCUCAUACUGUGUUCAAAAAGUGACACCAAGUCAGUAGUUAGCAUAAAGAUUCGUACUGAUGAAGGUGUUGUCUACUUUCGCAAGUUGAGAUUCUUAAAGAUAGAUGGUGCAUCUAUCUGGUUUGAUCUGCGCGGCAGCAAGUACUGCAACAGCAGCAGGGUAGCAUCAUCUAAUACUAUCAUGCCACGUCUUGAAUCCCUUGAGUUUGAUGUCCAUGUGCGGUCCCUAAAAGACGAGAACCUGCAGCUUGGUUUUUACAAGAUGCUUGGCUUCCAGAACCUUGGAACAAGUUCGCUCCAGCGAGUCAAAGCCGAACUGAACUGUGAAGGUGCCAGUUUUAGGGAUGUGGUGGAAGCAGAGGCUGCAUUGGAGCACGUGGCCGCAGUCCAUCCAAAACAUCCCACCCUUCUAAUCAUGAUGGUAGAGGAAGAACAUAUGAUCUCAGGCUACCAAGAGGCAUGUAUGGAAAUGAGCAAAGCCCCUGAGUUAGUAACCAAGGCCUGGAAGUUGGCGGACAUCGUUGGCUCAGGACAAAUUCAAAUACUGCGUAUGCCAGAUCCGACCGCAUCUUCAAGCAAAGUUAUGCGCUUGUUGUACACAGAUAAUGGGCUGGCACUUUUGGCUCUCAGCUCCAAUGCUGUUCAUAAGCUGUGGAAAUGGGAGCACAGGGACAAGAAUCCAUGUGGCAAGUCAUCCAAAUCUGUUCCACCUGUACUAUGGCAACCGGAAAAUGGCAUUCCAAUGACAAACGACACCAUUGAUGGCAGUGACCCUAAAGAAGCUACAUCCUGCACUUCACUAUCCAAAAAUGACCGCUAUCUAAUUUCUGCUUCUAGUGGCAAAGUCUCAUUGUUCAACAUGAUGACAUUCAAGGUCAUGACUACUUUCAUGGCACCUCCACCUGCUGCAACUUUCCUUGCAUUCUACCCGUUAGACAAUAACAUCAUAGCUAUUGGAAGGGAGGACUCUUCAAUUCAAAUCUACAAUUUCCGUAAAGACAAAGUUAAAAUUGUGCUCACGGGUCAUCACAAAAAGAUAACUGGACUAGCAUUUUCGCAAUCAAUGGAGGUGCUUGUAUCUUUUGGUGCUGAUGCUCAGCUAUGUGUUUGGAGCAUUGAUGGUUGGGAGAAGAAGAAAUCAAGAUACAUCAAACAUCCAUCUAAUGGUUCCGGUGCUUUAGUUGGUGAUACAGUGGUGCAGUUUCACUAUGAUGGAACGCAUCUUUUAGUAGUUCAUGAGAGUCAGUUGGCGAUCCAUGAUUGGCAAUUGGAAUGCUUGUGCUCGUGGUUCCCAAGAGAUGCACCCCCUUCCCCAAUGUCAAGUGCGGUAUACUCACUUGGUUGUUUGUUGGUCUAUGCUGGAUUUCGUGAUGGUGCAAUUGGAAUAUUCGAUGCAGAAUCUCUUACGUUGAAGUGCAGGAUAGCACCCUCUGCCUACAUACCAUCUUCAAUAUCCAGAACUGAUCCCACAGUUGUCGCUACGCAUCCGUGGAAGCCAAACCAGAUUGCAGUGGGCAUGAGCGAUGGUGCAAUUCUUGUGCUGGAGCCGUUGGAUAUAGACAACGUACAAGUGGGGAGCGACGUCACCUCAGAACAACGUCCAUCCCGUGUUGUCAGCAGUAGCAGACUCAGUUAA